UUCUUCAAGAAGGAACGUCUUGUCACCCACCUCAACCCACUGCCGCUGCUGAUUCCGGCCAAUACCCACACUUCCUUCUGCCUCCUCCUCACUCAAUUCAUUCUGCAACUUCAAUCAUUUCAUCAUUUUCAUCUUUCUUUUUCCCCAUAUUUUUUGCUAAAGCAUCAAGAAUUGCAAGCUGUCGACCUUCUUGAAUCCAACUGCAGUAGAAAUAGAAACCCUCUAUUCUUCACUCUUUCUAGCAAGAGAAAGAGAGAUCUUCGCUUGAUUUUGAGCUGUAGAUGACCUGGUUUCAUGCUUUGUCUUUAGGGUUUCAUUUUUCUCCAACUGUUUCUUGAAUUUUUCGAAAAGGGUUUCUUCUCUGAGUAUUUGUUUUGUCAAUUUACGCAUCUGGAAAUGGAGGAGUACAACAAUCAUCAUCAUCAGCUGAGUGAAAACGCGAGUUCCAGGGGGAGUGGGUUUCCGUACGCGGGUCCAGUUCUUGCACCGAGCUCUUCUGUGUAUGCGAGAACGAGUAGUGGGUCCAGCAAUCACCAUGGUCAGUUGCCGAUGAACAGCUUUCAUCUUCAAUCUGGUGAUUGUUAUGAUCAAUCUCAAGGGCAGCAGCAUCAUCCCGUUGUGAAAACUGAAGCUGGGAGUUCACAGAAUCAUAAUUCUCCCAGGUUUUACUAUUACCAGAAUGUUCAAGAUCAUCAUCAUCAUCAUAGUCAUGAUCACAGGAGACAGGAAAGUGAUCAGGCUCCCGGCGAGGUUGAUGCUAUAAAAGCCAAGAUUAUUGCCCAUCCUCAGUAUUCCAACCUUUUGGAAGCUUACAUGGAUUGUCAGAAGGUGGGAGCUCCGCCGGAGGUGGUGGCGCGGCUGACGGCUGUCCGGCAAGAGUUUGAGGCGAGGCAGCGAGCUACGGUGGCCUCCAGAGAUGAUUCAAAGGAUCCGGAACUCGAUCAGUUCAUGGAAGCUUACUGUGAUAUGCUGGUGAAGUAUCGAGAGGAGCUUACGAGGCCUUUACAAGAAGCCAUGGAGUUCAUGCGACGGAUAGAAACACAACUCAACAUGCUCACCAGUGAUCCUGUCCGGAUCUUCAACUCUGAGAAGUGUGAGGGUGUUGGUUCAUCCGAAGACGACCAAGAUAAUAGUGGUGGAGAAACAGCACUUCCUGAGAUUGAUCCACGAGCUGAAGACCGGGAGCUGAAAAACCACCUCUUGAAGAAGUAUAGUGGAUAUCUGAGUAGUCUCAAGCAAGAGCUCUCCAAGAAAAAGAAGAAAGGGAAGCUGCCCAAAGAUGCUCGUCAGAAACUACUCAGCUGGUGGGAAUUACAUUACAAGUGGCCAUAUCCAUCGGAGUCGGAGAAGGUAGCGUUGGCCGAAUCAACUGGACUAGACCAGAAACAAAUAAAUAACUGGUUCAUAAACCAAAGGAAACGGCACUGGAAGCCCUCGGAAGACAUGCAAUUCAUGGUGAUGGAUGGCCUGCAUCCACAAAGCGCAGCCCUCUACAUGGAAGGUCAUUACAUGGGCGAAGGUCCUUACCGGCUGGGGCCAUGAUGCAUGGCCCUGCACAUUAAGAUAAUUGACAAAGGUCUUUAAUUAGGCCAGGGCCUGCAUCCCUGGAUAUGGAGAGUCACCGACAAUCGACUAUGUAUUCCAGCAAUUAAACUUUGUCAAGAAAGGAGCAAGUACGACGAGUCCUAUUCUCACGGAUUGCUUGAACAUCUACACUGAUUCCAAUUGUUGAAAAAAAGGGUAACAUUUUGACAGCUCAAGCUCAUAGUUGCAACUGUCGUAAUCAUAAAGUUUCGUUUCCAUAAGCUAUAUAUUGGCAGCGUAUAGAAAAUCGUUCAAUAUCUGCCCGUGCAAUUACUUGGUUAAGUCGUCGUGCUUUUGAUCAUAAUUUGGAAAAUUAUCUGAAAGUGUAACUGUUUUUUGUUUCCAUGAAGUGUGGCCAACAAGUGUGUGAAAGUAUGUAGCAUAAUUAGUUAGUGUUGAAGGAUUUUUGUUAUAGUUGAAUGAAUAUUGUAUGAAUUGCUUCUUAGUGAGAUGUUCAUUUUA